AUGAAUGGUACAGCAGAACAAGAGGUGGUGACAACACAGAAGAAAAGGUAAGGUCACUAAAUUUCAUCUUGCCACAACUAGUGUAACUUUAAAAACGUUUACGUUGAAUUUCACAAUACGCUAAAAUGCUGCAUUUCCCACCGGAGUAAGCUUAAAAAUCUCUUCCACCAUAUUUUACUACGUAUUGGAUUUAAGCUUAUCAGGAAUCCACAUAUAUAUUUUGUUUACAACCUUAGUUUUUCAUCCAACUGACAUAGAUCGACUGUGUACCGACUUAUCUACGUUUGGCAUGUGUGAGCGUUCUGUUUGUGGUGACAUAAUUUGCUAGUGUCCCUUUGUAUCACUUGUCUUCUGCUGUUUUCAGGCUAUGCAAAUAAAAAAGCCCUUAAAUCCCAGGGUGUGCAACCACACAGGAUACGAGAAACGCUGUUCAUUGCCUUUGUUUUGGAAAUCAAAACUGGGACUGCCUUGCUCCGCUAGCCCCUAUGGUUAUUCCAGGCAGUCAGUACUCUAAUUUUACCUUUGUUAUUUUUCUAUUGUCAAAUUAUUUUUCCUGCUAGGAGUGCAAAUAAAGAUUGUUGUUGUUGUUGAUACCUUCUUGCAGUUUACCUUUUUUUUGUAUUUAUUAAGGGCAUCUCCUAUGACUUGGACGUCUGAAAAAGACGAAGCCCUGUGUAAGGAAAUUCUACUAUUGGAGCCGUUUAGAUUUCGGCCAAGGACAAAAGAGAGUGGAACUACAUGGUCACAGGUUGCAGAGGAUUUAAGACAAAUUAAGUCGCCCAACAUGACUGUUGAUCAGAGAGCUGUCCGAGAUCGGUACAAGAUACGUAAGUCCCACUUCUUGCAAAAGAUUACAGAAGAGGAAAAGGGUUCCGGUAUAGCACCUCCCGAGUUGACCCCAGUUGAAGCUAGUCUGCUACACAGCCGUUUUUAGUGUCGUCACGCAACACUCCUCAGGAGCGUUGCGUGACGACUCUAAAAACGGCUGUGUAGCAGACUAAGUUGAAGCAGCAUUGGAGGAAAUCAUCGAGAAAGAAAAAGAGUUCGAGAAGCAGUGCAGCAGGGAAGACUCAGACAAAAAGGAAAAGGCGGAGAAAGAUCGGAAAAAUGGCGAAGCAAUGCGCCAGGAAUCGCUCGAAACGUUUGCUCAAACGAAAAAAGAAAGCUUUUGA